CGAUCUUUGUAAGAGCUUUAUUAAGAAGCAGUUCAAUAUUUCCUCCGAAAGCAAUCUUUUUCUCAAAUGGAGAUUUUUACAAUGAUUCGGAUUUAUGUUUGCAUUUUGAUUACAAUUUUGGUGUAUCAAAUCAACAGCAAUCAUAUCAAAGUCAAUAGAUACAAGGCUAAAAACACUCCAGAAUGGAUUACAACCACCAUUGAACCCGGCAUCCGAUCCGUUGUGGAAUGCAGUUUGAUCUGUGAACGAGACGAUGCAAAUUGCAAUGUAUUUUGGUUCGCCAAAGACACUCAAGAAUGCCUGUAUGGCUUGGUCACCAGUCUAGAUUUGGUCGGCCCUGGGGUUCGAAGCAUUUGCAAACUUUCAUGGUUUCUUGUAUCAAUAACCUUACAGGUUCGCGAUCUUUUCAAUGAUGAACUGGUUUCUGGCGUCAGAGUAACCGCCAAAUCGGCCCCAGAUAACAGCGAUUACUUCGAGGGCAUCACUAACCCAAAUGGAGAAGCUUACUUUCAAUUUUAUAGACAAACUGAGAUAAUGAUCGAGGUAGGGGGUAAUGGUUACGCUCUGAUGGAGUCAGACAAAGUGAUUGACAAUGCAUUUGAACAGACCAUAACGCUGCAGUUUAUCAAUCUACGGGAGAACGAGUUCAAAAUGCUCAUCACGUGGGAUUGUUGCGUCAGUGAUAUGGAUACUGUGGCUUAUAUCUAUGGGGAUACCGAUUGCUCGCUAUCAAUACAUGGCUCGUGCUCAAGAGGGGAAGAUGGUCUUCUUCAGCAAACCAAUGAUAUUACUAGUCAUUCCACUGGGAAACCAGAGUACCUGGAUUGGACCGGAUUCUUUCCCAAUAACGACAUACAUUUAAUGGGAUUAAAUGGACGCGGCCAGACGAUGGGACCCAAUUGGUUUUGGAACACAGGUUUAAAUAUGACUUUGAUUGGUGCGUCCCAUUCUGUAGAAAUCAUUCCAAAAGUACAGUCGUCGACAACCCAAAGGUUUUGGAUCGCCGGAUGUUUCAAACCAUCUGAGGGCUUGCUCAGUUUUCGGGAAAUCAACCAAUAUGUCGACUCCGUCACUCGUGAAUUAUGCCCUAUAGUUGGAUAAUGGUCGAGCAAGGAAACCAAGUACCUUGGCUUCUAAAUCAGAUUUAGUUAUGUCUUUUAAUUUGAAAAAAUCCUUACGAAUGUGAAUGAUCAUUACAGGGGUUAGUAUCUAAAAUUGAGAGCCUAAAUUUGACAAAAUUCUACUUCCUUUUGAUUGCAAGAUAACUUCAAAAACAUUCUUGACACUUGACACCUUGAGGCAUAUUUCUGGGCCCGUUGUCGCAACAACAAACGGAGACUAGCCUGUAGAGCACGAUCUAAUGACGAACGGAUUUUUGAGAACUUUCUUCUGUACAUUUCCGGACCUAUUGUCGCAGCAGCAAUAGGAGACUAGCCUUCAACUCUCGAUUCAAUAAAACAAGAAU